AUGGCUGUGCUCUGCCAGAAGUCUGUGCUGGAUAUGAUUAAAGAGUUCAGAAGGAAUUGGCACACUCUUUGUUACUCUGAGAGAACUACUGUAUGUGGGGCAGAUGCCAUGCUCUUGGCAUUGCAGCUUUCUAUGGCAGAGAACAAUAAACAGCACAGGGGAGAAUUUGCAGUCUCUUUCAGUGAUGUCUUAUUAACCUGGAAAUACUUAUUACAUGAUAAAUUGAGCAUGCCAAUUGAAGAUAUGGAAGUGGUUGACCGUUAUGAGGAUAUUAGAAGGACCUAUGAUGAAUUUUUAAAAAAAAGUAACAUGUUAGAUCUGAUUGAUGUUUAUAGUGCUAUGAUUUCUAACUGUGAAAUUAAUGUCAGCAUAUCUCCAAGUCAACUGGUAGAUUUCCUGUCUGGAAGACAGUUCGUGGUAAAUGAUGAAACUAAUCCUUAUGUAUCUAUAUCACCGAAGAGUAAACACAGCCACAAUAAUGAGAAGGCACAGUUAUUAGCAAAGAAGAUUAUCUACUCAUAUUUAAAUCUACUAGUGAAUUCAAAGAACGAUCUAGCUCUGGCACAUAUUCUGAAUAUUCCUGAUAGAGGACUUGGAAGAGAGGCCUUCACCAAUUUAAAAUAUGCUGCUCGAGAGAAACAUUUGUCUAUCUUUUUGGUGGCUACAUCUUUUAUUAGAACGAUUGAGCUUGGAGGGAAAGGAUAUGCACCAUCAUCAUCUAAUCCUUUAAGGACACAUAUGAAAGGAUUAUCUAAUUUUAUUAAUUUCAUUGACAAAUUAUAUGAGAUUCUUGGUGAUAUUCCAAGCCCCAGCAUUGCAGGGAGUCGAAUACUCUCAUUGUUAAAGAUGGAGCUGAUAAAAGGCCAGAACAGCAGGGACCCUUUUUAUAAAGCAAUAGAGGAAGUUGCUCAAGAUUUAGAUUUGAGGAUUAAAAAUAUUGUCAAUUCUCAACAAGGAAAUGUCACUGUUAGCACCACUGACAUCAGUCCUGCACGGCCAAAGUCUUAUACCAUAAAUCAUGGCACUGCAUACUGUGGCAGAGAUACUGUGAAAAUGCUCCUAGUUCUCUUGGAUGAAGAAGCAGCCACUCCACCUACCAAAAACAAAGCAGACCUUUUAUACAAUGAUGAAAACACAGUUCUUCCAAAUAAUAUUUCUGUGUUUAUGUUUUAUAAAUCUCCUAUGCAAGUGAAUAAUUCAUCCAUGAAACCCCUCAGAGAACGCAUCCACAAUUCCAUUCAAGAGAAGAAAAUUAAGAUGAGGCAAGCCUUAAUUAGAUCUCAAUUUGCUUGUACUUACAAAGAUGACUACAUGAUAAACAAGAAUAAAUGGAAUAAUGGUGAUUCAGCAACAGAGGCUACGUAUACUCUUCACAUGAAAAAUGAACUUUCUGAGAGUGUCAGUUCCUCUGUUGGAAGACCCACAAUUGGAACAAGUUCUGGAAAUGUCCAUCUGGACAGAAGUAAAAAUGAAAAAGCAAGAAAACCAAGUAGUCAGACAGGAAAUAAAAGCUCAAAAAGGAAACAGGUGGAUUUGGAUGAUGAAAAUAUUCUCUGUGAUAAGGGAAAUGAAACACCUCGAUAUAAAAAUGUUAAGCUACCUAAGAUAUCGAACAGUUUGCAGAAUAAAUUGAAUGGCAAGCUAACAAAUGUUGCAAAAAGCAGUAAGAAUACCACCAAGGACAAAUUGCUUACUGGCCAGACAAAGUUAACUCAGUUUUUCAGACUGUGAAUUUGUCUUGUAUAUGCUUUAGAUUUAUAUCUAAGAUCAUUAGUCAUAGCAGUGAUUAGCCAAGCACCUAAAUCCAUGUAUUAUCCUAAGUUUUUAAGAGAUCAGCAUGUAAAUUAUGGUGCCUCAUUAUUUUGGUCUGAAGUAUGUGUAAGUUUAGCAUUUUAGACAUGUUUUAAAAAUACUCAGAAGUCAUAGUUAGUUAUGCAGAAUAUUCAGUUUAAUGGACAAA